UCCGUUGGCCGCAAAUAUUUUUGGCCCUAUUUCGUUUUCCCGCUCUCGCUUGGUUUGUGAUUGUAAAAUUUAUUUUCUCAAACCAAUAAACUUGGUUUAUUCUUAACGCAUCGAAAAUUAAUGUAGUGUUAAAUACCGCAUAAGUAUUUAAUUUAUUCUUUAUUAUUUAUAAAAUGGCAACCAAGAGGCGUCAUCAGAGUUCAAAUGAACACAACGCCAAACCGAAAAGAGCCAAAUUCACCUUGGAAAAUGCUACGUCUCCUAAAAUUGUUACGGAAGGAGUUGUAUUGGUAACAGGAGCUGGAGAUGUUGGUCAACUAGGUUUAGGACCAGACGUACUAGAGAAAAGCAGACCUGCUCUGCUUAAUCUUGACCAAGAUAUUGUUGAUAUUUGUGCUGGAGGCAUGCAUACUGUUUGUUUAACUGCAGAAGGAAAAGUCAUAACUUUUGGUUGUAACGAUGAAGGGGCCUUGGGGAGAGUUACCGAAGGAAAAGAAGAUGCGGAAUUUGAAGCUGGUGAGGUUGAAUUACCUUCAAAAGUGGUGCAAGUGUCAGCGGGAGAUUCUCAUUCCGCUGCCUUGUUAGAUGAUGGACGCGUUUUUGCAUGGGGCACAUUCAGAGAUUCACAUGGUAAUAUGGGUAUGACAUUGAGAGGCAACGAGAAACUUCCUUUUGAAAUAAUUCAGAACGUCCAUGUAGUCAAAAUAGCUUCGGGCGCAGACCACAUAGUAUUUUUAACAAAUCACGGAGAAGUGUACACUUGUGGGUGUGCCGAGCAGGGGCAGUUGGGUAGAACCACGGAAAGAAGCAGCAGUAGGAAUGCAAGAAGCGGAGUGGGUAAGGGACAAAUAGCUAAACUCUUACAGCCGGCGCAGAUUAGCCUUAAGCCUAGUUUGAGGCUGCAUUUCGACAACAUCUGGGCUGUAACUUACGGCACUUUCUGUAAAGUGGCGAACAGGGACGACGUUUACGUUUUCGGAUUGAAUAAUUACAAUCAACUAGGUUUAAAAUCCUUGGUGCCGCAGUUUAUGCCAAAGUUGAGCAAGGAGUUUUCGAAAUACAAGUGGAAUAUCAUCAGUGGGGGUCAGCACCAUACGAUCGGACUGGACGUAGACGGGAAAGUUUACGCCAUCGGCAGGAAAGAAUACGGCCGCCUAGGACUGGGUGCAGGUUGUGAAGAUGCUGCCGAGCUCCAGUUGGUUUCUACUUUAGAGGGCAAGAAAAUUGUAAAUGUGGCGUGCGGAUCGGCCACGUCGUUUGCAGUUUCGACAGAAGGAGAGCUGUACGGUUGGGGUAUGGGAACCAACGGACAGCUGGGGACGGGUAAGGAGGACGACUGCGAAGUGCCUACGUUGAUUAACAGCAAGCAGUUGGUGGACCGGAGGGUGUUAAGAGUGAGUAGUGGUGGCCAACAUACUGUAAUUUUAGCUGUAACAAAUUCGACCAACAAUAAAGGAGACGGAAUUUAGUUACGGACUGCAUGCACGCCACCAACAGAGUAAUAAGUUCCGUAAAUAAGCUACUGACUGAUUAGAAGUACUUUUACGGGUUUUUUUGCAAAUAAUCUGGAACUUUUGUUGAAUCUUGACGAAAUUAAAAAAAUGAGUAUUAUAUUUUUGCGCAUAUUAUUCACAGUGUAUGAGUGUGUACGUUAUUAGAAGUAUGAAGACUAAAAAUUAUCCGCAGCAAUCCAUUUUAAUUGCCUAAAAAUUCUUUCACGUUAUAAUUUCUCUUAAAAACUCUCCCCUUCCGUUCAAGCAUAAAACUGUUCGAUAAUUGAUUGCUGAGCUUAAAUGGUUGAAAGUACGUUAAUUUGCAAAAAAUCUUGUACGUGUAUGACUGCUGAGUAUUCCCAGAACUGUUCUUGAAUCGUUACAAAUGAAACGUGUAAAUAUGGAAAGUUGUGUGUACAUUUUGAUGCUUGAUAAUCAGAGAUGUUUAAUAGUUUAAUGUUUCCUUUUCGUCAAAACGAUCACGUUAGUUAUUUUUUGUCGAUUGUGGAUUUUAUUUUAAAUGCUUUGAUCGUUAACUGUAUGUUUCUUUGAUGUUCAUAUUCGGCACAGUGGUGACCAGUGAAAAUGAAAAUGGUUAAAUUAAUUUUUGGAGAACAAUUUCUGUGUUCCGUUUUUUCGUGACGAAAAAAUUUCGAGUGAAAUAAACGACUAGGGACCCUCGGACCUCGAAGCGGGUUACAAAUUUGCAUAAAUAUGUAUUUAUGAUCGACAAAUAUAAAUAAGCAUUUUUUUAUUUAUUUAUCUAAAGAAUGUUUU